AGAAUGUAUGACGUUUCAUGGGAGGGUGGCCUCAGUGCGUCUAUUGUCGACGCACUGACGUGGCAGGUAACACGAUGACGUAUGUGCAGUACGUCUAUCCAUCCAGCAGCUUUGGCUCGUGUUUGUCAAACAUUUUUGGAUUUUACAGCAGCAUUUUGGUCAUUUAUCGUCCUCCAGUCCUGUGUAAGUUCCAGGAGACCGGUAUUACGGAUAAGUACUGAGACUCACCCGCUAUCUUUCAGCAAGACGACUGAAGGUGGAGCUGGGUCUGCAGCAGAAUGAAUAUUGGUUCUAAAAAUAAGAAGCGGGGGGUUCUGCCCAGCCGUCCUGAUCCCCCCACUGUGGACCAGAUCCUGGAGGAUAUCAACAGAGCCGCUCCCAACGACCCAGUCUUUAGCAUCCUGGAGAAGACUGGACAAGACUCGUCCCGACCCUCAGACAGCGAUGUGGACUUGAGGUUCCAGCAGUGUCGUCAGUAUCUGGAGCUGAACGAGCAGCUGCAGGAGGCUCGAAGUCGGCUGCUGCGCCAGAGGGAGGAGCUGAGAGCUGCGGGGGAGCAGCUCCAGAGUGAUGUGGAAGAGGUCAAAGGUCAAACCCUCUGACUCUACACUACCUUCUGUUAGAGACUCUCCUCUUCUUUUCUGUCCGGGACUUUUUAAGUGACUGUUUUGCGUGCAGAGGGCCUGGUGGUUCAGUGCCCUUGAGCCAAUAAGCCCCAGUGUUGGCAGCUCCUGACCUCUGGAAUAUAUGUGUGUUUGUGAGGGUUGUUGCUGAAGUUUACGGCAGGAAAUGUUGGUUUUGUAAUUGGCAGUAACUUAAUCAAGCUGAAAGUCAACGGUAAAAAAAAGGCUGAUAUCAUUGCUUUUAUUAUCAACUGUCAAUUGAUGUUUCAAUUUACUUCAAUGAAUUACUUAAUAUACGAAAUAGCACACGUUGUGCUUGUUUACUAGAAAGUUCAUGUGGUUUUAGGGGAGAACAUGGUCUCAAAGAAAGCUAAACUAAAGUACUGCUUGGUGUGUGUGCACUGUCUGCUUGGAUCAUCACAUCCAUACAGACGGAAACAUGUUAAAAACAGUGGUAACAUUUGGUAUACCGGUCUGGUGUUUGUUAAUAGUUAAUAUCAAACCGGUUUGAAUUUUUUUUUCACUGCCUCAACACUAAAUGAAGUGAUGUUAAAUUUGCAUAUUUUAUUAAAUAUACAAAACUAUUACAUUUGUCAUGAAAUGAGGGAAAGCUGUCAACUUCUCUUGUUUGAGAAUCUUCAGUAGUUUUACUUGUGAAAGGAUCUGAUCAGUCAAUCAUCAGAUCUGUAGUCAUCUCAGCGCUUGUUGUUCAUCAGAUCUAUGUAAGGUGUUUUGAUGUGUUCAGACUAAACGUGAAGUAAAUAUUUUCUUCUUUUUAUUUCUGGAAUGUUUGUUCAGUCGUGUUAAUUUACAUUUCUCUUGGUUUUCAUUCUUUGUUCUGUACGUUUCUGAAAUUAAAUCCUAAAUAUUCCAGAGUUUUAAUUAGUUUUAAAGUCUCAACUUGUGUGGUCAUGUUUAGAGAUGAGAGAAACUAAACUUAAUGCAGCAUUGAACCGCAAUGAAGCAUCUGUGCUUAAAAACAACCUUCAUUGUUUUGAAUUGUCUGAUGCAGUUAAGAAGGCGACAUCUGCUGCAAAACAUUUGGUAUUUCAAAUUUAAUUGAAGGAUUUAAGGAAAGGUUCACAUUCUUUCAAGUCUGGUGCCCUUACGAACAUUGAAACAGGUUUUACUUGCACUAUUCAAGUGCAUACCUGACUUUAAAAGAUGUCUUCCUGAUGUUCUUUCAAUGUACGUGAUCAAACGUGACAAAAUCCACAGUCCUUGUUUGAAGCACACCUGAGGCUUCAGCAGCCUGAGUUGGUCAAAUCAGUAGAGAUCAUUCAAGGUUGCAAUGUUUGUAGUGCAAAAUUCCCUCUUUUGUUACUAUCUCUCCUCUGCAGCUCAGUGAGGACUUUAGUAUUUAGUACUAAAUACUAACUUUUAAAGAUGGUCUAAAGAUAGUCUGUCUAACUAAGAUGGCUGAAGCCCCAUAUUAACUUCAAAUAACUUAUAUUUUUGCACUGAAAGAGGACUGAGGAUUUUGUCCUCCCUCACUUCCAUGUAAAGCAUGUUAGGAAGGGAAGUCCAAAAGUAGAGAAACGGAUAAAGCAUCAUCAACAGACGACAUUGAGUGCGACAAAAUGCAAUCUUCACUCGAUACCUCUCUUGUGUUGAUUGUUUUGUAUAUAUUCCACCUCCUAAAACUGGCUUCAUGUUCAGUCUGAACAGCUCCUACCUAACAAGGUGUCAGUCAUUGUGUCACGACAAAAACAAAAUAAAAAGCACUAGGUUGAUGACAUGUUUUCUGUCACAUCUCUUCUCUAUAGUUUUCUUAGCUGCACCUGUAUAAAGGAAAGGCGACAGCGGUUUAAUGAAACACGUCACUUUUUAUUGGAUGAAAACAUUUAUAAUGACAUCUCUGCUGCUUUGCCUAUUUCACAUGGCACCAUAACUCCUCUGUGGCCUUGUUCACGACAGGCUGGGACCUCGCCAACAUUAAUAUCAGGUGACACGAGACCUCUCCAACUCAUGUCCAUAAAACUAAAGGCUCCGGAGUCCUCUGAUAUUGUAUCUAAUUAUCAGUUUUGAUAGUGGAUUUAGUCAUAUUCAUGUCCAGAUUAAUUUUAUCCAUCAGAAUAUUUAAAUAUUACAUUUGUGAAUCUGAAAACUCUAAAUGCAAAGCACAAGGUACUUUUAUUUAAACUCGUCUGCAUUAUUUUGGACAUAAACUCUCAUCUUCAGCGAGGCGUGAACAAGGUCGCCGAUGGUGAUGGCGGACUAACUUCCAGGAUUGUCUGAUGGCUUUUAAACAUGAAGACAAACCUUCCGUCUGUCUCAUUCACACAAUUUUCAUCCUAACUUUUACUUUUA